AUGCAGGCGGGGGGCGGCUGGUUCGUGCCCUGGACCAUGGGCAUGCAAAAAUUCGCAGUCGCUCUGCCCAUGGGCGGGGUAAUGCCCCUGGUGCCGCCCUUGCUGGCCGCCUUGCCGCCUGCGCCGCCGCCCUUGCGGCUGAUCGCUCCUUUACCUCACACUCAGGGUAGAAAGGGCGAAAAGGACAACGGAAAGAACUGUAUACUGUCAUGCGAGAAAAGGAAAGCCGAUGACACAGAUAUUAAUAAAGAUCUAAAGAAGGCGAAACUAGAGACGAAAGCACUGAAAGCCAAAAGGCCGGGAUUCACAGACGACAGAUAUAAUGAAACAUCAUAUUACAUGGAAAAUGGACUCAGGAAAGUAUACCCAUACUACUUCACAUUCACCACCUUCACGAAAGGCAGAUGGGUCGGCGAGAAAAUCCUCGACGUCUUCGCGAGGGAGUUCAGGGCGCACCCCGCGGCCGAAUACGAAAGGUGCAUCAGGGCUGGCACCCUCACGGUCAACUACGAAAGGGUCGACCCCGACUACAGACUCAAACACAACGACCUUCUAGCUAACGUUGUGCAUAGGCACGAAGUACCAGUGACCAGCCAACCGAUCACCCUCGUUCAUAUCGACGAGGACAUAGUGGUUGUCAACAAACCAGCCUCUAUUCCCGUGCAUCCCUGCGGCCGGUACAGGCACAACACCGUCGUAUUUAUCCUGGCGAAGGAGUACAACUUGAAGAACUUGAGGACCAUACAUAGACUCGACAGGCUGACGUCAGGUCUUCUGCUAUUCGGGAGGAGUCCAAAGAAGGCGAGACAGAUGGAACAUCAGAUCAGGAAUCGGCAAGUGCAGAAGGAGUACGUGUGUAGGGUGGACGGCGAAUUUCCCACUGAAGAAAUUGAAUGCACGGAACCGAUAGAAGUCGUCAGCUACAAGAUCGGCGUGUGCAAAGUGUCUUCGAAGGGCAAGGAUUGCUCGACGAUCUUCAAGCGUCUCGGCUUCAACGCCCGGAGCAACACCAGCGUGGUGCUGUGCCGCCCGAAGACCGGCAGGAUGCAUCAGAUCAGAGUGCAUUUGCAGUACUUAGGAUAUCCUGUCGUAAACGAUCCGCUAUACAACCAUCCAGUAUUUGGUCCGCUCCGUGGCAAGGGUGGUGACACUGGAGGCAAAUCUGAUGAAGAGCUAGUGAGAGACCUCAUCGCCAUACACAAUGCUGAGAAUUGGCUUGGCGUUGACGCGGCUGAUGAUGACAUGCUUUUCUCAAAGCCACCGACGGAUGAUAAAGUAGGGGAAGACGAAUGUGAUCCUGGACUAGCAUCCAGGGAAUCGUCACCUAGACUGGAGUCACCAGCCCCCGGGAUUACUCCAUCUACUGUUAUGACUCCUACCCUCCCGAGUCCGUCGAGCGGUUCCGAAGCUCCAGCGGACGAGGCGUGCAACAUAUCACACUCACCCAUUGCUUCGCCACACUGCAACGACGAUUCCAGCGAUGCCAAGUCGGACAAGGUGACCGUCGCGACCCAGACGGGCUGCAAUCCACCCCUAGCCCCACCCCAGAGUGGGUCUAGCCCCACGACAGAGGCCCUGACCCCCGACCCUCACUGUUACGAGUGCAGAGUGAGAUACCGAGACCCGCGCCCCAGGGACCUCAUCAUGUACCUACACGCCUGGAAAUAUAAGGGACCGGGCUGGGAGUACGAGACGGAGCUGCCACAGUGGGCAAACGUUGAUUGGGAGGAGUCAGAUAGUUCAUAG